UUUUAUUUACUUUGAAUUUUUAUCUAAAUGUGUAGAAAUGCCUAUUGACUUUUAAAAUAUUUUAUUAAUUUCAUUGAUAAAAAUGGCAUCGAGUAUCGAAGUGAAUAACUGUGAAAAUAGCGAUGUUUCGUCCGAUGAUGAAGUUUUAUCAGUAAUAAAGAGUAAAGUCAAGAAGAAAACUAAUAAAAGAAAACGGCCACCAAGAAAAACUUACGCUGAUGAUGAUGACGAAGAUGACGAGGAUGGAAUUAUGCCGCAUGUAUUCGUCCAUGUCAAAGUUGAAGAAGUAGAAGAUGACGGUCCUUUGGAUUUUAGUGGGUAUCGUAAUGAAAAUGUCUCUAUAUCUCAAACAAAAGAACAAAAGAAGCGUAGAAAACGAAACAUAAUUCCAGCAAAUACAAAAAAGAAGAGAAUAUAUGAAUGUGCACAGUGUGAUGCUGUGUUUGAACAAAGUGCUGAUCUCAAGGAUCAUUCCAAAGAACACCAGGUUGUUACGAGACAUAAAUGUGAGCCGUGCGGACGGUACUUCAACAAGGCGUUCAGUCUGCGGCUGCACAGCCGCGUGCACAUGGAGAAGGUGGAGAUCUGUCCCAUAUGCGGCGCUGCUUACACUCUCAGGAUCAACAUGUUGAGACAUUUGAACACCCAUGAAGCAACUCUACCCUGUUCCCUGUGUCCCAUGAAGCUCCAUACGACAGAGCUACUGGAAGAACAUUUGAUCGCCCACGAAACAAACAAUACGGAAGUUUUACUACAGAAUGCCAACCUUGAAAGUAAAGCGAAAUUAAAAGCGAAGAACAAGGUCAGUAACAAAGCAUCCAAUAAGAUAUCCAUGCAAGAGUCCAUUAAAAUGGAAGUGGAAUCGGAGGAGAACGAGGGGAGCUCGGAGAAGUCGGAGGUGUACCUGAAGCGCGAGGAGCUGAGCCACGCCACGCAGUGCGCCGUCGUCAGCAAGAUGCACAAGGGCCGCGCCGUGCACGACGUCUGCCGCGGGGUCGGCAGGGCCCGACUCGCGCCGGGAGAUUAUAUUUAA